AUGCCGAGCAGUGCGCCGCAAGAUGGAAAGUCACGACAGUCCUCUGGCGGCAAGUCCUUCUUUUCCAGGAAGCUCUACCGGUCCGACAAGAACCAUGACAGCCACCUCGUGCCGGAGACACCUAGUAUGCCACCCAGCGCCGCAGGGUCGCAGUCCUCACGACAUUCCCACAGGACCUCCGUGGCGUCGAUAGACAGGCCCAUCUCCAUGGGGCCGGACAUGAACGGUCUGGCUUUGCAGACCGGCGUGGCUACGGCAAUUCCAUACGACUAUAUAACCCCAGACGGACGGUCGCCUAUACAUGUGGACUACCUACCCAAGGACGAGCAAAGACCUGGCACCCGGGGACAGCCGAAUCCUGGCCUUCUGAACAAGCCCGGAAGCGACUUCCACCAGUACCCUGUCUUCAACGCUUCCGCGCCGCCCCCGAGCGGCUCCCCUGUAUCUGCCCCGCGGCCGCCGGCACACACAAGCACAAUCGCAUCGGUCCCCACGGCUGACAGGGGAUACCAGGCACAACAGUACGGCAAUGCGAGCGGCAGAACAGGCAGCAUGGCCAGCGGAGCCAACGGCGGUCAACAAGCGUACAACCCCUAUGGCCCAACCGACUCAUUGAAUAACACAAGAUCCUCCUCAGAUCAAGCUAGCGUAUACUCCGCAAACUCCCAGUCGCAAACCCGGCAAUCUAGCGUCCUUUCGCUCCCGCAGUCCACCUACUCCUCCCUUGCUAUCGAUCAGCAGAGCUUGCCUCCCACCAUCGCCGGCGCCUCAUCCGCCCGUGAAUCGCAGAGGCCUGGAGUGCUCGGCUCGUAUAAUCCCGCCGCAUUUAGCUCGACGACCUCGUUCAGCAGGCCUCACGAUGACCGCAUCAUCGAGCAAGAAUUCAUGGCCUUGAUGCACAAGCGGGGGUGGAACAGUCUUCCGGACGGCGCACGUCGACAAAUGCAAAACUAUCCUCUGGAGAAAAAAUGGACGCUCGUGCACCAAGAUCGGCUGGCGGAGUCCCAAAACGAGGCGAAGAGGCGGCAAAACGCGCGCAAGACGCUGGACGACCCAGCCGGUGUGGGUCUGCUAGGUCGAGCAGAAGAGGAGGGCAGUCCGGAGUGGUUCGUCAAAAAAUUGAUGGACAAUUCUAUUACGGCGAAGCAGCUGCAAAGUUUGAGCGUCAGUCUAAGGACGCAGCCGAUCGGAUGGGUCAAGACUUUUGUCGAAGCGCAGGGCCAAAUCGCCCUGACCAAUGUGCUGGCGAAGAUCAAUCGGCGGCAGGGACAGGGCCCGGCUCCUCCGACUUCUGGGCGACAUCAGUCGGACAAAGACAUGGACCGCGAGUACGAUAUCGUGAAGUGCCUCAAAGCGCUGAUGAACAACAAAUACGGCGCGGACGAUGCGCUUGCACAUAGUCAGAUUGUCAUGGCUUUGGCCGGAUCCCUCAUCGCUUCAAGGCUCAACACCAGAAAGCUUGUUAGCGAGGUCCUGACUUUCCUUUGCCAUUGGGGCGAGGGAAAGGGGCACCAGAAGGUCCUCCAAGCGCUUGACCACCUCAAAAGUCAGCAGGGAGAAAACGGCCGAUUUGACGCCUGGAUGCGCAUCGUCGAGGUCACGAUUGAUGGCCGAGGCAAGAUGGGCAGUCUCGUGGGCGCCAGCGACGAAGUCCGCAGCGGCGGUAUAGGCAUGGAGAAUCUGCUGAUGGAGUAUGCCGUGGCCUCCCUGCUGCUCAUCAACAUGAUUGUCGACGCGCCUGAGAGAGACUUGCAGCUGCGGAUACAUCUACGAGCACAGUUCACGGCCUGCGGCAUCAAGCGUCUCCUGACGAAGAUGGAGGGUUUCCAGUAUGAAGUGAUCGACAAACAGGUCGAGCGGUAUCGUACGAACGAAGCAAUCGACUACGAAGACAUCCUUGAGCGGGAGGGCAGUAGCAUGGUCGACAGUAUAGAAGGCGAAGUCAAGGAUCUCAAUGACCCGACCCAGAUCACGGAUGCCAUCAUGACCAAGAUCAGAGGAGACAGGGCUCAAGACUACUUCGUCUCUGCGCUGCAACAUUUGCUGCUGAUGCGUGACAAUGAGCAUGAAGACCGCCUACGCAUGUUUCAGUUGGUGGACUCGAUGCUUAGCUACGUAGCCAUGGACCGACGGCUACCGGAUAUGGACCUCAAGCAGAGUCUCAAUUUUACGGUUCAGAGCCUGCUCGACAAGCUGUAUACAGACUCUGAGGCCCGACAAGCGCGAGAUGAGGCCCUUGAAGCAAGACAGAUUGCGGAUGCGGCGAUCGCAGAGCGGGAUGAGACAAGGGCGCAGGUCGAGCUUGGAGCCGAAGGCAUGGUCGCAAAGCUACAGAAGCAGCUAGAAGAGCAGGCCGCUAUCAUCGAACUACGUGGCCGACAGCACGAAGCGAUGAAGGCUGAGCUUGCUGACCUGCAAAGAGUCCGUGCCCAGGAGCUGCAGCGGAACGAGCUGGAGACGAGGGAGCUGUAUCUCAUGCUCCGCGAUGCACAAGACAUCGCUGAUUCUGCGGCCAAGAAGAGUGGGAAGGACAGUGCCGUGGCUGUGGAUCCCACGCAAAUGCAGGGCAUUCUUGACAGGGAGAAACUCAUGGACCGGCUUGAGAUGCAGCUUGAGAGAGCAAAGACGCAGGCCAAGCUGGAAGGCAAGGUGUGGCAACAGGUUAAUCCGUCAAACAAACUUCGAGAGCUGCGGGAGCGGAUGGAAGGAUCGCCACAGCGAGGCGAGUUUGACGCAUUCGACAACGGCUAUAUCAAUUCUGUGAACCGUACGAGGAGCGCUAAGGCGAGGAGAGCUGCCUCAGCAUCGUUAGCUGACGAUGGUGACCGCGAGAGCGAAGACGCUGAGAUCUUUGGUGCCGACGGCACGAUUUAUGAGAAGCCUCGGAUCGUGGAGCUGAAGCGGCCCAAGAUGAGCGCCCAGCAAGCUACAGCCUACCUGGGAGAGAUUACAUCCAAGGUAAAGCGAUACGAAGCGAGCGACGACGAAGAUAUUGAGGGUGACGGUGUCACGACUGGUCCUUCUCACCCGAGUCUUGAGUCAGACUCGCCCAAGACGCCGACGGAUGACAAGUUUGAUGGCCCAGCACCACCUCCUCCACCACCGAUGCCUGGAUUCACUGGCGGUCCUCCCCCUCCGCCCCCUCCAAUGCGUGGAUUUGCUGCCAAUGCCCCGCCCCCUCCUCCACCGCCGCCUAUGCCAGGCUUUGACAAUGCCGCUGCUCCACCACCUCCUCCGCCUAUGCCUGGUUUUGGCGCAGGUAUGCCUCCCCCUCCCCCUCCUCCCCCGCCAAUGCCUGGCAUGGCAAACGGCAUGGCACCCCCACCUCCGCCUCCACCCCCGCCUGGCGCUCCGCCUUUGCCAGGAGUGCGCACUGGACCUGGAUUCUUACCACGACCCGGAUUCGCCGCCGCGCCAAAGGUUGGCCUUGCUGUCGCACGGCCGAAGAAGAAACUCAAAGCUCUUCAUUGGGACAAGGUCGAUACACCGCAAGUCACCAUCUGGGCUUCGCACGCACCCACGCACGAAGCGAAGGAAGAGAAGUACCGGGAGUUGUCCAAAAGAGGUGUGCUUGAAGAGGUCGAAAAGCUCUUCCUGGCGAAAGAUAUUAAGGCGAUCGGAAAGACGUCAGGCAAGAAGAGCGACAAGAAGCAGAUCAUCUCUAGUGAUCUGUCGAAGACAUUCCAGAUCUCUCUAGCGAAGCUAUCCCAGCUUUCCGUCGAAGAGGUUGUCCGCAUGAUCAUCCAUUGCGACAAGGAGGUCGUGGACAACGAUGUAGUGAUGGAUUUCCUGCAAAGGGACGAUUUGUGCAACAUCCCGGAUAACACCGCCAAACUCAUGGCGCCGUACAGCAAAGACUGGACGGGCCCGGAUGCUGCGACCAGUGUACGCGAGCAGGAUCCGGCGGAAUUGACCCGUGAAGACCAGAUCUACCUCUACACCGCAUUCGAGCUGCACCACUACUGGAAAGCGAGGAUGCGAGCAUUGGCCCUGACGAGAUCCUUUGAGCCUGAGUAUGACGAGAUCUCUGCGAAGCUCCAAGAAGUCGUCCGCGUGUCCGAGUCUCUCCGCGACUCUGUGGCACUGAUGAACGUGCUCGGUCUCAUUCUCGAUAUCGGCAACUACAUGAACGAUUCGAAUAAGCAAGCCGCCGGCUUCAAGCUCAGCUCGCUUGCGCGCCUCGGCAUGGUCAAGGAUGACAAGAACGAGUCCACCUUCGCCGAUCUUAUUGAAAGAAUCGUUAGGACGCAAUAUCCCGACUGGGAAGGCUUCGUCGAGGAGAUCGGCGGCGUCGUGGCGGCGCAGAAGCUCAACGUUGAACAGCUGACCACAGACGCGAAGAGAUACAUCGACAACAUCAAGAACGUGCAAAGUAGCCUUGAUGCUGGGAAUCUGAGCGAUCCGAAGAAGUUCCACCCGCAAGAUCGCGUCAGUCAGGUCGUCCAGCGCAGCAUGAAGGACGCCAGGAGGAAGGCAGAGCAGAUGCAGAUGUAUCUCGAGGUGAUGACCAAGACGUACAACGACAUUAUGACCUUCUACGGCGAGGAUCCAGGCGACGAAAACGCACGGCGGGACUUCUUCGCGAAACUUGCCAUCUUCGUGCAAGAGUGGAAGAAAUCCAAAGAGAAGAAUACGACCAUGGAAGAAACCCGCCGCCGCAACGAAGCCUCCAUGCGCCGCAAACAAGCCGCAACCCCAAGUGCGGCCCUCGCCGCCGACACACCCAAUGGUCCGCCCUCCCCCGCCUCCACCGGCGCAAUGGAUACCCUCCUCGAGAAACUCCGCGCUGCGGCCCCUCAGGCGCGGGAUCAGCGCGACCGCCGCCGCCGCGCAAGGCUCAAGGACAAGCACCAGGUGCGUGUAGCGUCGGGGCAGAAGAUGCCAGAUAUCCCCGGCACGAAAUCCGCGGACGAGGGGGGUGCGGGUGAGACGGGACUACUAUCCCCUACCAGCGAGACCUCGGAAGCCACGACGGGAGAGGGCAGAGAAGGAGCCGGAAGCGGGACAGCACAGCCGCUGUCUGAUGCCGAGGACGUGGCCGAGCGUGCGGCGAGUCUGCUGCUAGGCCUCCGAGGCGAUGUAAGCGCGGCGCCAGAUGCGGAGAGUGUGAAUCGCGAUGAUAGUCUCCGCGUGAGACGGAGGAGGGAGAGCGCGGAUGAUGAGAGGGCGGCACGGAGGAGAAGGAGGCGUCAGGUGGGGGGGAGUACGGCGGAGACUGGGAGCGGGAUGCCGACUCCGCCGACGAUUUCGGAGGAGGCGGAGGGGGCGGCUGCUGGGGAUGGGCCAGCGCCAGAGGCCGAGAAGGGGGAUAAAGCUGGUGUCGAGGAUACGCCUACGCCGGUUACGAUUGUCUCACCGCCGUCGCCUGCUACUAGCGAGAAGGCGGGCUUCGUCACGCCGCCGGGUUGA